AUGCACUUGGCCGCUGCUCCCACAUCCCGCCAGGAGGACACCCGCGCCCCCUCCUGCCUGGACCAGAUGGCCUCCUUCCUGCCCUGGCCACUGCACCGCCUCCUGUCACUCCCGGGAAAGCCACCCUCCGCGGCCCCCAGGGGCGCCGCCCCCCGGCGCGCCCGCGACUCGCUGGGCGCCGCCCCCAGCUGCUCGCCGCCUCCCUCCCGGGGGCGCCCCGUCUCGGAGGCCGGCGCGGCACGGCCCCGGCUCAGAGCGGCGGCAGCAGCGGCCGCGGCAGCAGCUCCGGCUCCGGCUCUCCCCGCCGCUCGCGCUCCCGCGCCGGGCCCCGCGCCCCGACCCCGCCGCCGCGCCUUUCGGGGGGCCUCGGGCGCCCCCGCCGCCCGCCUCACGCUGAAGUUCCUGGCCGUGCUGCUGGCCGCGGGCAUGCUGGCGUUCCUCGGUGCCGUCAUCUGCAUCAUUGCCAGCGUGCCCCUGGCGGCCAGCCCGGCGCGGGCGCUGCCCGGUGGCGGCGGCGGCGGCGGCGGCGGCGGCGACAACGCCUCGGCCGCCCCGGGCCCCGCCGGCGCGUCCCCGGGCCCGCAGCGCAGCCUGAGCGCGUUGCACGGCGCGGGGGGCUCGGCCGGGCCGCCCGCGCUGCCCGGGGCGCCGGCGGCCAGCGCGCUCCCGCUGCCGCCCGUGCCCCUGUUCAGCCGCUUCCUGUGCACGCCGCUGACCGCCGCCUGCCCGUCGGGGGCCGAGCCGGGGGACGCGGCGGGCGGCGAGCGCGAGGAGCUGCUGCUGCUGCAGAGCACGGCCGAGCAGCUGCGCCAGACGGCGCUGCAGCAGGAGGCGCGCAUCCGCGCCGACCAGGACACCAUCCGCGAGCUCACGGGCAAGCUGGGCCGCUGCGAGAGCGGCCUGCCGCGGGGCCUGCAGGGGGGCGCGGGGCCCCGCCGGGACACCAUGGCCGACGGCGCCUGGGACUCGCCCGCGCUGCUGCGGGAGCUGGAGGACGCCGUGCGCGCCCUGCGGGACCGUAUCGACCGCCUGGAGGAGCUGCCCGCCCGCGUGAACUUCUCAGCCGGCCCCGCGCCCGCCGCGCCCGCAGCCCUGCACGCCAAGAUGGACGAGCUGGAGGGGCAGCUGCUGGCCAAGGUGCUGGCGCUGGAGAAGGAGCGCGCGGCCCUGAGCCACAGCGGCCACCAGCAGCGGCAGGAGGUGGAGAAGGAGCUGGACGCGCUGCAGGGACGCGUGACCGAGCUCGAGCAUGGGCCCUCGGCCUACAGCCCCCCGGACGCCUUCAAGCUGAGCAUCCCCAUCCGCAAUAACUACAUGUACGGCCGCGUGCGCAAGGCGGUGCCCGAGCUCUACGCCUUCACGGUCUGCGCGUGGCUGCGCUCCCGCUCGGCCGGCGGAGGCCAGGGCACGCCCUUCUCCUACGCGGUGCCCGGGCAGGCCAACGAGCUGGUCCUGCUGGAGGCGGGCCAGGACCCCAUGGAGCUGCUCAUCAAUGACAAGGUGGCCCAACUGCCCCUGAGCCUGAAGGACAACACCUGGCACCACAUCUGCAUUGCCUGGACCACCAGGGACGGCCUGUGGUCUGCCUACCAGGACGGAGAGCCACGGGGCUCCGGCGAGAACCUGGCCGCCUGGCACCCCAUCAAGCCUCACGGGAUCCUGAUCUUGGGCCAAGAGCAGGAUACCCUGGGCGGCCGGUUUGAUGCCACUCAGGCCUUCGUGGGUGACAUUGCCCAGUUUAACCUGUGGGACCACGUCCUGACGCCCGCGCAGGUCCAGGGCAUUGCCAACUGUACAGGCCCGCUGCUGGGCAACGUCCUGCCCUGGGAAGACAAGCUGGUGGAGGCCUUUGGGGGUGCGGCCAAGGCCCCCUUCGACGUCUGCAAGGGGACAGCCAAGGCCUGAAGGGCCCUGCCUUGGCGGAACGAGGGGACUUUGGGGGGCACAUCCCCACUUCCCCUCUCCUCUCCCCCACACCUGCACCCUCCCUUCCAGGACCCCCUGCCCAGCUCUGGGGUGACCGCUGAGGAUGGAGGGCCCGUCCCCCACCCUCCCCCUUCUCUCGAACCCUUCCUUGGUGUUCUGUGGUUUGAGUGUUUCGUGCCUGGUCCUGGACAGCCCCACCCCAGCUCCCGGGAUAUCAAAGGGCCAUAGUCACCCCCCUGUGCCCACUCGCAGCUGUGUCCACUCUCCCCUGCGUGCCGGUGAGGCGGACCCCUCUGCGCGGAAGGAAGGGGAGAAGCAAGCUCACAGCGCCUGAGCAGCAGCCAGGGCCGGCUCUGCUGGGGGGUCUGUGUGCGUCCCCCCCCACCUCCCUUGCCUGGCAGAACCCCGGGAAAAACGCGGGGUGGUCUGUGCUCUGGGCUCCCGGAGCCCAGGACGGGUCAGCCUGAGAACCCGCAGGUGGACGAGGGGUAUCAGGUGGCCUACAGGCCUGUGUCUGGCCCACAGCUGUCCCCAGAGAGCUGAGCACGGCCCUGUGAGUCACAGACCCCCUGCACAGACAGUGAGACCCUCCUCUGUCUGCCCCCCCAGCCCCGCCUGGCACCCCUGCCAGGCUGAGCAUGUCCCCAAGACUGGUCCCACCUGUGUGUUCAGCAGAUCGGCAAGAGGGCACGGGCCUGAGGCCAGGGCAGUGCUCAGAGAGGGCCAGUGGUUUACACAGGCACACACAGCACAGUGGGGGUCGGGGGGGCAGGACCCAGCCUAGGGCGGCUGCUCCCUCUCUGGGCUCCUCCCCCAGGGCCCCCCUCACUGCGAGGUCAGAUAUUAGAGGGGCCAGACCCCCGUGCAUCUCCCUUUAUGAAGCCCCCCGAAGGAAGGGGGGAUGAGGAAGGAGUGGGCGCAGAGAAUUAAGGGGUCCUUCCCCUCCCCCAGCCGCCCACAGGUGGUUACAUGCCCCCGGGAGGGUGCUCUCUGCCCAUCUCCGCGCCCAGGGACACAAACCCUGACUCCAUUCGAGAGUGACGCAGGACCUGGGCCGGGGGUGAGGGGUGGGGCGGGGGGGACACUGCUUCCGGCCGCGAGAGCCCCCAGAUCUCUCUCUCCGCCUCCAGAGCACAGGUAGAUAGGUCAGACGCCCCCAGACACCGCCGCUCCCUCCACCCCCCGCCCCCCACGGGAACCGCAGCCAGCACCUCCCCUCUCUGUCGCCCUGGUAACGGCAACAUGACGUCAGCCGCGGAGCUGGGUCAGGAACCUCCUCAUCUGACAUCUGCCGGUGGUGCUGGGUGACAGGGACUCGGGGGCUGCUGUGACCGCGCUUAGGGCAGAGGCCGCGGUGGAGGCCUGGGGGAGCAGGGUAGAGUCUGAGCAGGCGGCAGGUGCCCCCGCAGGCCAUGGCCCCAGGUCCCUUACCCUCUGUCUGGGUGCCAGCGUGCAGUGGAGGGACACCCUGGGAGAUAUGGGGGUGCAGACUCCAAGCCUGUGUCCCUUGAGAGUGGCGGGGGCGGGGUCCCGGUUUCCUGUCCACCCCUGCGGGGCCAGUCACGAUGCUACAGUCCGCCUGGCCCCCUUUCCGGCUCAGGCCCACGGCUCGGCUCUGACGGGACCGUCCAUCAACCCAUUAGACAGAUGAGGAGACCAAGACCCAGAGGCGUGAAGGACCCUGCCCCGGGGGACAGCAGCAGGGGAAUGGCGCAGUCGAGCUGGACCAGGACCUCUCAGGGGCUCCCGGCACGGCACCCUCCACCCCUGCAGAGCCAGGCUGGGGGUUUCGUGGCUCCUGGUGGCUUUGACCUUGAAGGAAGCAGCUGGGGGUGGACGGACAGAGGAACGGAGCUGAGGGCAGAGACCAUCCCCUGCGGCAGGCAGAGAAGGGGGGACACCCUUGACCCCCCAGCCCCUCGUCUGGCCUUCCCCAGCUCACACCUGCCAGAUUUCCCACCUUCGUGGCCUCGCGGUGCCCCCCGUCCGUGUACUGGGGGCCAGACCCCCCCUUCCCCGAUGCUCCGGAACCAGGACCUCAGCGGGGGAGGGGGAAUUUGGGAGACUGGACCCCAGCUCUCACCCCACGCGAGGACCUCUUGCUCCUAGAGCUGGGCUGUCCGAUUCCCAGCACCCCCUUGCCUGAGCAAACUGGGGGACGCACUCCUCACCCCUUCUCCCUCAUGCCUGUCACCCCAAGUUCCACCUCCUCCCCCAGCCCCUGACCCUCUUGAGUGGGGAAGGGGCACCCGGCUGUGAAGGAGCAUGAUCAGGCGGGGGCCACCAGGAUUCCUGUCCCCCCCCACCCGGGGCACCCUCCCCGCCCCCCCUUUUGUACAUAAAGUGACUCCAGAUGUGUGUGUGCAGGCGCGCGUGUGUGAUGUGUUAUGGUUUUGUUACUUUGUUUUUGUAAAUCUGACAAUAAACACAAUGUUUACGCUGA